AACAACUGUUGGUGGAAAUCCAGAAACUCAAGAAGGGGGAGGAGACUGGAGAGAGAGAGAGGGCCAAGGCCAUCAUUCUGAACGCCAGCCAACGUGCUUUCUUCUCGAUCUCUUUGCCGCCAGCGAACACAAUAAUAUCUGUUCAAGGCUCCGUGAAUCUCUCAAGGUAAGAGGAGGAGGAGGAGGAGGAGAAGACGACCCUUGUUGCUUCUUGACGACACCCAGAUCGACAUCUUUACUUUUCACCAUAAACAGAGAGAGAUAUCCAAGUCCAUUUUUCAUAAUCAUUUACAAUUACAGGUUUGAUAAACAAGACCAUCAUCAUCAUCAUCAUUAUUGUAUUUAAACCAGCCAAUUUUUGCUGUAUGUCAAUUUCUUCUCUAUGAUGUGGAUGGAGGAGGCUGAGAAUGCAGACCAAUUAGAUAGAAAGGAAGAAGAUUUUUUAUUUGAUAAGACUGUUUGAUGCACCAUUUGGGGGCAGAAAGGAGGAAAAGAGCUUGUGCUUAACUAUGUCUGAGACAGCUGCUCUUGAUGAAGUUACAGGUUCCAGAUUUAGUGACUUGGAGUUGAUAGGAAGGGGGUCAUUUGGAAAUGUCUAUAAAGGGUUUGAUAAAGAAUUCAAUAAAGUCGUUGCCAUUAAAGUAAUUGACUUGGAAGAAUCGGAAGAUGAAAUUGAUGAUAUUCAGAAGGAAAUUGCAGUUCUUUCACAAUGUAGAUCGCCUUAUAUUACAGAGUAUUAUGGCUCUUACCUUGACCAAACGAAACUAUGGAUAAUAAUGGAAUACAUGGCUGGUGGCUCUGUUGCUGAUCUAAUUCAACCAGGGCAUCCGUUGGAUGAGAUGUCUAUAGCAUGCAUUUUACGAGAUUUGUUGCACGCAAUUGAGUAUUUGCACACAGAGGGGAAAAUUCACAGAGACAUUAAAGCUGCGAACAUUUUGUUAAAUGAGAAUGGUGAUGUCAAGGUUGCAGAUUUUGGUGUUUCUGCACAGUUAACUAGGACUAUAUCAAGAAGACAGACUUUUGUAGGUACUCCAUUUUGGAUGGCUCCAGAAGUAAUUCAAAAUUCAGAUGGAUACAAUGAGAAGGCAGAUAUUUGGUCUCUAGGAAUAACAGCAAUUGAAAUGGCUAAGGGAGAACCUCCCCUGUCAGAUCUUCAUCCUAUGAGAGUUCUUUUCAUUAUACCUCGGGAAAAUCCUCCACAGCUGGAUGAGCAUUUUUCCCGUCCCAUGAAAGAAUUUGUUUCACUAUGUUUGAAAAAGGUUCCUGCUGAGAGGUCAAGUGCAAAGGAGCUUCUCAAGCAUCGGUUUAUCAGGAAUGCUAGGAAGAAUCCCCGCCUACUGGAGAGAAUAAGAGAACGGCCCAAGUUUCAACAUAAAGAAGAUGGAGAUUCACCUAGGAAUGGUCAUACAACUGUAGGGGAGGGAUCUGGCACUGUAAAGGUGACAAGAGAUUCAAAACCUGAAGAUACUGUCAAAGCCAGCAGUCAGGGGAAGACUCUGAGAAAUGCGGGUUGGGACUUCAAUGUUGGUGGGCCAGCACCUUCAACUGGUACAGGGACAAUGCGGUCUGUAGUAAAACCGCCACAGUCCAGGGACAGGAAACAGGAGAUUCCUAGCAAUCCAGCUGCUACUCAACGAUCCUAUUCUUCUGGAGGUGCCGCCCUACAUCAUGAAGAGGAAGAAACAUCAUCAGCAAGUGGGACUGGAACAGUUGCAGUUCGAUCCUCCCGAGGAGUUCAGCCAUCUUCUUCUUUUACCGAUCACAGUACCGCGACUAUGAAUGCACCCGUUGAGGAUGCUUCUGCUUGUGGUACUAUAGUCUAUCGUGGACAACAUAAUGAUCCAGAUUCUCCUCGAACUCCGAAAUCUAGACUUGGCAUCCAAGAAAGAACUUCAAGUGCAUCUGAAGACAGUGUCUUGAACCUUGCUGAGGCAACUGCUGCUAUGAAGAAAAGUAACCCUAGGGAGAAGUCUGCACUAGGAAAGGCCAGCAAAAAUGAUCAAGAAAUCAGGAAAAAGGAUUCAACAAGUUCAUCUGAUUCUUCAAGACAUUCUUCCCGUGAUUAUGCUGAUGCACAAAAAGCAUUUCUAGUUCCAUCACGUCAUUCAAGAGAUGAAGACGAAGACAAUACCAAAACUCCUGCAUCUACAUCUACAUCUCUAUCACAUUUACUGAUCCCUUCGUUAAAAGAUGCCAUUGGGGAUGAUCCAGAAGGACUGGUUGUGCGAACGGUUGUAAAUGCACUAGGGGGAAUGGAGCGUAUGAAACCGGGAUCUUGUGAUUAUUUUGUUACAAGAUUCCUUCAGCGGUUAGGAAGUUCGAAGGAGUCUUCAUUGAAGGAUCUGCAGGACUUAGCAGCUCAUACUUUUGGGAAGAAGGACAAAUUGGCUGUUGAAAAUAAGAAAAAAGAAGAUGAUGAUGUCCAGAACAAGGCCCAAAAUAAGGAAUUUCCUUCUAGUGCUAACUUAAGCCCACUGGCGAGAUUCUUGUUAUCAAGAUGGCAAGGCCAAUCUUCUGGAGAUAUGAACCACCCAACAAGUUGAUUUGAUGAUGGAGCUUGCUUGAAAAAUUGCUUAUGAGUGGAGUCUCUUUUUUUUUUAAAAUUUUAUUGUAGUUUAAUAUUAUUAUUAUUAUAUUAUUAUUGUGUUUUCAUUAAUUGAUUUUGAUUGAAUGUACAUAAUCAUAAUAUUAUCUUCUUUUUAUCAUAAAGAAGUAAUAUGAUUAUUCUAUUUUACU